AUGUCCCGCAGACCAUCAAUUAACAGCCAUGUAUCACACCCAAAUAGAAGGGCAGGGUUGACUCCAAUGCGCCAAAAUCAUCCUAAUCUACGUAAAUUGAGACGAUGCACCUCGUUGGAAUGGAUAUACAAUACCAACGACAAUCCUACUGAUGCGAAUGGCAGUAUGGUCAUUCGAGUAGGGGAAGAGUAUGAAUUUUCCAGUGUAUUGUCAUGUGUCUCAAUCUAUCCACUAGAUGAACGAGCAGUUCAGAUGCGAGAUGGGAGUCUACCAGUAAUGUCCUAUUGGUAUGGCAAGGUGGCCGAGAUUUAUCUGAAGGCUGGUAGGCAGGACGUAUGGCUUGACAUACAGUGGUAUUAUCGCAAAGUUGAUUUGGAAGAUGAGGGCGUCGAUCUUGCAGCUUCCGUUGGUGAAUAUGAGCUUGUUCUCAGCGAUCAUAUAUCUGUAGUUGAUAUGUGCUGUGUGGAGGAUCAUGCGACCAUCCUGCCGUACGACGAAGGCGAUCUAACGCAACCUCAGAUUCCCAUAGGGAGACCGUACAAUCGGUGGACCAUUGAUAUCACGUUCUCAAGGAAUCGUCGUAUGGUGUAUAUGGAAGAGCGAUACUGCAGGAAAUGCAACCAAUGGUUCAACGAGGAAUGUGUUGCAAGUCUUGGGCGUCAGCUGCGGAGAAAUGUGAAGGCAGGCGUUCAAUCCAUGUAUAGUGACAUCAGCUUUGACCCGCAGUUUCUGUCGCUCUUGACCUUGCCAAUUCGACGAGGGGCAUCAUGUGGGGUAGUUGGCAACGGAAUGAUAUUAGUCAAGGGAGGGGAACUCAUGGACGAGGCUAGGAUUCUUGGACAACUCCCUGAAGGAUGGAAGGAGAUCAUGCAGCAAGCCAUGGGACCGAUGGGCGAUGAGAACAUUGCUAGAUACUACUGCAUAGCUUGCACAACGGCGGUGAUCUAG